UCGCUCCCUACUCAUUUCGCACCGCUUUUCACGUGUUGAAUAAAUUUGCUACCCGGAGCGGGGAAGGAGGCUGGCCUUGUCGCGAUAUCGGGUUUCACUCGGGCUAGAUGCGGCGUGUCCGCCGAGCUUCGACACAAAGCCGGACUGGAUGCUGUGGCGGCGGGGUGCAGAUGCGCGAGCAGUGAAAGCCAAGCCGGUGGAGAGGCGGAGAGAGACCGGGGGUGGCGUUACACACCGGAGAGCACGCGUCCACCUGACCCUAAAAUAACGGAAAAGAGGGAAAUAUUUACCGCAGGAACAAAGACAUUACAUUAUAAAUCGGCUGUAAAAACACACGGAAUGGAUAUAUUGUAGCCAGUACCCAAUGUUGUCUGUUCAAUGAACGCUUACUGGAUUCCUCUGCGGUGGAAAGGUACUGGAGCUGUAUCUGCAUACAAACGGGAUUUAUUGGUGGAUGAGGAGCGCGCAUCUUAACAUCCAGCGCAGGAGCAGAUGAAUGCUUAGGGAGAAGUGGUCGGCAUGAAGACGAUGUCUGAGGGAUUGGGGAAGGUGCUGAUGGCUCAGUUGCAUAAACGUGGCACCUGGAACCAGAGGAUGCUGCUGCUGCUGUACGUGACUCUGGAGCUUAUUGCGACCCACGCCACAGCUGUCCUCGGCACUCUGGAGCUGCAGCUGGACGAAGAGCAACCGGCGGGUACCAUCGUGGGUGACAUCAGCGCCGGCCUGCCCCCAGGAGUCACGGCAACGCUGUUCUUUAUCGCAGACCAAGAGGGUACUGGAGUUGGAAGUGACCUGGAUAUUGAUGAGACCAAGGGCAUCAUCAAGACAGCCCGCGUCCUGGACCGGGAGGUGCGGGACCACUACAGUUUUAUUGCUGUCACCACAUCAGGGGUGACGGUGAAGGUGUCUAUUGUGGUGAAUGAUAUCAAUGAUCACGCACCAGAAUUCCCGCGGGAGAGGACGGUCCUCAAAAUUCCAGAACAGACAGCAGUGGGUACAAAGUUCUCCUUGGAGCCUGCCACUGAUGCAGACAAAGACCAGCUGACCACUCAGGGUUACCAAAUAAAAGACGGGAACGUGGGGCAGGCUUUCCGCUUAGAUACCAAAAGGGGAUCCAACAAAGUACUCUAUUUGGACCUGGUCGUCAAUGCCGUUUUGGACAGAGAGAAACGGUCUUCCUACAGUUUGUUGCUAGAGGCUUUUGACGGGGGCUCUCCCAAGAGAACAGGGCAGAUGGUCUUAGAUGUCUUCGUGCAGGACAUCAAUGAUCAUGCGCCUGUCUUCAACCAGAGCCGCUAUCAUGCCAUCAUCUCAGAGAGCAUGCAGCCCGGUAGCAACAUCCUACAGGUAUAUGCUUCUGAUGAAGAUGAGGGUGACAAUGGACUGGUGCUAUAUGAGAUAAAUAGGAGACAGAGUGACCCAGAGAACUACUUUGUUAUCGAUCCUCGUUCUGGGAUGAUCACCCUCAACAAGCCACUGGACUAUGAGAUACGGAAGGUCCAUGAGCUGGUUGUUCAAGCCCGCGACAAUGCGAGCCAGCCAGAGGUGACAAACGCCUUUGUGACCAUCCAUGUUCGUGACUACAAUGACAACCAGCCCACCAUGACCAUCAUCUUCCUCAGUGAAGAUGGCUCGCCCCGAAUCUCAGAGGGGGCACAGCCUGGCCAAUACGUGGCCCGAAUCUCUGUCUCAGACCCGGACUACGGGGAAUAUGCUAAUGUCAACGUGUCUCUUGAGGGUGGCGAUGGCAAAUUUGCCCUGACAACCAAGGACAGCAUCAUUUACCUCAUCUGCGUGGACCAGGUGUUGGACCGUGAGGAAAGGGACUCCUAUGAGCUAAGAGUGAUGGCCACAGACUCUGGCACGCCACCCCUGAGGGCCGAGUCCUCCUUCACCAUCCAAGUUACCGACAUAAAUGACAACCCCCCUCUCUUUGACCAGCAGGCCUACAAACAGGCCAUUUCAGAGGUGGUCUAUCCCGGGAGCUUCGUCCUGCAGGUCACCGCAAGGGACAAAGACCAGGGCCCCAAUGGGGACAUCCAAUACAGCAUUCUCCAGAACUCUGGCACCCACUCAGAUUGGUUCUCGAUCGACCCAGUGACGGGGAUAAUCACCACAGCAAUGCAGCUAGAUUUUGAGAUGGACCCCAGGCCCCAAGUAACGGUGGUGGCCACUGAUGGGGGCCGUCCACCCUUGUCCUCCACCGCCGUGGUUGACAUCAUCUUGCAGGAUAUGAAUGACAACAAGCCCGUUUUCGCGGGCAGUUUCUACAACGUGUCCAUCAAUGAGAACGUCGAAGUGGGAACCUGUUUCCUUGAGGUGAUGGCGACUGACGAGGACAGAGGUUCUUUUGGGACCAUAUCCUAUUCCAUCGGAUCCGGAACCGGCAGCACAGCCCCCACCCAAUUUACCAUCGGCAAGGAGACGGGCCGGAUCUGCACCAACAUGGCUUUGGACCGGGACCAAGGUCCAUCCAGCUAUGACUUUGCUGUGACUGCAGCGGACGGGGGUGGAUUGAGCUCCACAGCAUCCGUGAAGGUGACACUGAUGGACAUCAACGACAACGUGCCCACCUUUUACCCUGUGCUCUACGCCGUCAGCCUGAGCACGCAAAGCACACCUGGAACUUCGGUCGUCCGGGUGACGGCCUACGACCCCGACGCGGGAGCCAAUGGGAGGGUGACCUACCGUAUCAUCCCAGGCAACAACUCCCCCUUCUUCACCCUGAACAAGGACACAGGUGUGAUCUCCCUCUCCCGCUCCCUUCACGGCAAGGCCAACUCCGUCAUUUCCAUGGUGAUCGGAGCCCAGGACGGUGGCGGCCUCACAGCCUCCACCAAUGCCCGCGUCAACAUCAGCGUGGUUGCCGGCUCAGUGGCUCCCCCUGUGUUUGAGCAGGCACAGUACUUCUUCACCGUGUCAGAGGACGUGCUCCGGGGGACAGAGGUGGGCGUGGUGCGUGCAAACAGCAGGAGCGGGGUCUCCCGGGACGUCUCCUACACCAUCUCGGCGGGCGACCCGGAUGGCUUCUUCACUAUCGACGAGGAGAUGGGCGCGCUGCGCACCAGCCUGCCGCUGGACCACGAGGCCCGGCCCUGGCUGGAAUUGGAGGUGCAGGCACGCAGCGGCUCCCCCCCCGCCUUUGGGCAGGCACGGGUACGCAUCACGGUGGGCGACGUCAACGACAAUGCGCCCGCCUUCCUGCCCUCGUCCUCUGAGUCGCUGCUGCUGCCGGAGGACACGCGCAUGGGGACCACAGUGUACCGCGUACGGGCUGAGGACCCCGACUCGGGCCCCAACGGCCAGCUCAGCUUCCACCUCAUGUCUCCUGCCGGCCAGCGCACCUUCAGCGUGGAGCGCGGCAGCGGUGACAUCCGGCUGAUCGGCAGCCUGUCGUACGAGAGCGUGCCACGCUACGACCUCUUGGUGGUGGCCCGGGACGGCGGGGCGCCCCAGAUGAGCGCCACCUUCACCCUGGUGGUGCACGUGCAGGCUGAAAAUGACCAAGGCCCCGUUUUUGACACGCUUACCUACCGCGUGGAACUCAAAGAGGGCACGGCCCUCAACACACGCUUCCUUCAGGUCCGUGCUCUCAGCAGGGAGGCCCCCGGGGCCGCUGGAGGCUCCGCCCCCUCAUUAGCAUACCACCUACGCCCCGACGGCGAUGCGGCAGGCUUCGGUGUGGCCCCCGACAGCGGCUGGCUCUUUGUAAAGAGCGCCCUGGACCGGGAAGCCAAGGACCUGUACCUUCUGACGGUGCUGGCUACGUCGGGCAGCGGGCAGAUGAAGAAGACGGGCAGCGCCACCGUGCGCGUCUCCGUGACGGACGAGAACGACAACGCGCCGCGCCUCACGCAGGAGCGCGUCUUCCUGGCCGUGCGCGAGAACCUGCCCUCAGAGACUGGAUUCGGCCGGGUCUCCGCAACCGACCGCGAUGCAGGCCUCAACAGCCGCCUCACCUACCGCCUUCUACAUGCAGACAGAAACUUCCAGAUUAACUCCCAGACAGGUGAGAUCAGCACAAAGACAGGCCUGAACCGCGAGCAGCAGUCCAGCUACCAGUUGGUGGUGGUGGUACAGGACGGGGGUACGCCCCCCCGCAGCGCCACGGGCACCGCCCACAUCACGGUGCUGGACGAGAACGACAACGCGCCCUCCUUUGUGCAGGUGCCUUCGGGAAGGGAGCUGGUCAUGCAGGUUCAGGACAGUCUGCCGCCCGGAUCUCUCAUUGGGACAGUGCACGCCAAAGACCCUGAUGAGGGAGAGAAUGGGACCGUUUUUUAUUCCCUGUCAGGCCCAAGGGCAGAACGCUUCUCCCUUAACCCCAACACGGGUGAGCUCCGUACCUCCGCCCCACUGAGCCGUGCCGAGCGGGACGAGUACAGGCUCACGGUGACGGCCACCGACAGGGGCCUGCCGCCCCAGAGCUCCACAUGUGCCCUACAUAUCCAGGUCAUCGGCUCCAGCAAGACUUCACCAAAAACCAACUCUUUGUCCAUGACCCUCAACUCAGUAGAGGGAGCCAAACCUGGCUCUAUCAUUGGCUCCGUAAGGACACAUGACAAGCAGCCACAAGGCCAAGUGACCUACCUGGUAGUAGGAGGCACAGACCGAGAUGGCACCUUCAUGGUAGACCACCUUACAGGAGAUGUUUACCUGGCCCGGGAGCUGGACUAUGAGCGAGGGACUCGUUAUACCUUGCAGAUUGAGGUGGAUGACCUCUCCCAGGCUUACCCCAACAGUCACCUGGUUCAGCUGGACAUCAAUGUGCAGGACAACAAUGACCAUGCCCCCCAAUUUCCUGAAGACCCUGUUACCAUUGUAGUUUCUGAGAACAUGCCACCUGGCUCCUCUGUCUACACCUUCCAGGCCAUGGAUGGAGAUGGGAGUGGCCCCAACAGCGAAGUGCGCUACUCCAUUCUCCGUCGUUGGCCCAACGACACAGAGGUUCUGUCCCUGGACCCAUCCACAGGUGUCUUGACCCUGAUACAGCCCCUGGACCAUGAGGUCACCCCUUCUUUUUUCUUGGUGGUUCGGGCCACUGACUCUGCCCUCGAUGUUUCUCAGCGGCGGUGGGGGUCAGUAACGGCCCGUAUCUUUGUGACAGAUGAGAAUGACAAUGAGCCAAUUUUCAGCUCACCUGCCGCUGUUAGUGUCAUGGAGGACCAGCCCGUGGGUUUUGUGGUGCUGUACGUCAUGGCCCGUGAUGCUGACAAAGGGGAGAAUGGCCGUGUCUCUUAUCGUAUCCAGGAUGGAAAUGCCGGAGGGAGAUUCAACCUCAAUCCCAACACAGGUUCUUUGUCCAUCUUGAAAUCCCUGGAUCGGGAGGAACAGGCUGUUUACAACCUAACGAUCAUAGCCGAGGACCAUGGGGUACCCCAGCAUUACACCUCUCAGCUGCUUUCCGUCCAGGUGAUUGACGUCAAUGAUGAGGCCCCCUGGUUUGAGAAGGCCGAAUUUGAAGCCGAAAUCUUGGAGAACCAGCCACCUGAGGUCACCGUCCUCACAGUAUCUGCGUCUGACAGGGAUCAAGGGAGUAACGGCCAAGUGACCUAUGGAGGCAUCGUGGAGGAAGGCUUCACCAUCCACCCAGAGACCGGGGUCAUCAUGGCCACUAAGGCCCUCGACAGGGAGGUCCAGGACCGCUAUACAGUGACAGUCUACGCUAAAGACGGCGGUCUGCCAGCCAACUUUGCCACAGCCACAGUUCGGAUCACAGUACUUGAUGAAAACGACAAUGAGCCGACCUUUGGGAGUUCCUACUACAACCUAGAGGUGCCAGAAAACCAAGACCCUGUGGAACUCUUCACGCUUCGAGCCACCGACCAGGAUGCUGGAGCCAACGGAAAGAUUAAAUACUGGAUUUCAGCUGGCGAUCCCAAUAGUGAUUUCAGUCUGGACAGCAGCUCUGGAGUGCUGUCUAAUUCCAGACCUCUUGAUAGGGAGAGAAAGUCCAGCUACACACUUACUGUUGUGGCUCAGGACCACGGCACCCCACCACUCACCAGCACAGCUGUCGUGGAUGUCGCUGUCCUGGACAUCAAUGACAACAGUCCAAGGUUCCAGCACAGCAGCUACACCGUUGACAUUUCAGAAGAUGUGCCUGUUGAUUCAGUGUUGCUAGAGGUGACGGCAACAGAUGAUGACGAAGGGCUGAAUGGGAAGAUACUAUAUCUUUUGAGCCCAGAGUCCAUGGGUGCUUUUGCCGUCGACCAGGACACAGGUCGGAUCACCACAGCUGUGGCGUUGGACCGUGAGAAGCAGGCCUCCUACAGCUUCAAGCUAUGGGCUAUGGACUCAUCCCCCGCGAACCCACGCAAUGGUACGACCCAUGUGUCGGUCCACGUGCAGGACGUGAACGACAAUGCCCCUUUCUUCAUUCAGGAUCCAUUAAUCAUCAACAUCUCCAGUGGCAGCGUGUCCAGCCACCAGGUGGUUGCUACUAUGAGGGCCGAGGACAAGGACUUUGGGGCCAAUGGGUCUGUCUUCUACCGCUUCGCCAGCCCAGUUCGGGGCUUCACCAUCAACUCCCUGACGGGGGCAAUCCAGGCCUCACAGAGCCUGCAGUCACUAACCCAGAGCCAGCGGACCCUGAUCGUUGAGGCGGUGGACCAGGGCAGUCCUUCCAAGUCCUCCCUUGGGGUUGUGAUAAUCUACAUCAAGGAAGAGGAAUACAAGGGCAUCCGCUUCUCCCGCACUGCUCGAGACGUUAACAUCCAAGAGAAUGCAGCCAAAGGUACCUCUGUGGUGCAGGCAGUAGCUCAGCACCCAGAUGGUUCACGUGCUGGCAUCACCUACAGCAUAUUCAGUGGGACCUGGAAGCAGUCUUUCAGCAUAAGCCCCAGCACAGGCGAGAUUCAGGUGCUGAGCUCCAUGGGACUGGACUUUGAGGACACCCCGAGACUCCGCCUGGUGGUGAAGGCAGAGACUGCAUUGUCCAGCUCCUACAUGGCCAUCAAUCUGAUACUGCAGGAUGUCAAUGACAACCUGCCGCGCUUCCAGCUGCAGACGUACACUGCAUACAUGCAUGAAGCACAAGGCUAUGACCUCCCCAUCAUCCAGGUUCUAGCUAGUGACCCCGAUCAGGGUCCCAAUGGUCAGGUGACCUAUUCCAUCUCAUCGUCCAGCAUGAGUGGCCUUUUCAGAAUCAAUCCUUCCACGGGCAGCAUUACCACGGCAGCCAUCAUGGACAGAGAGAUCUGGACACAGACUAAGCUUGUUGUCACGGCAACAGACCGCGGUAAUCCCAGGUUGUCUGGGUCUGCUACGCUCACUGUGAUCAUCGUGGACCUCAACGAUAACAGUCCUACAAUCCCUUUGCCACGGGAGAUCCGUGUGCCAGAGAACACCAUCAUUGGAACAGAGAUUACUCAAGUGACGGGCAAUGAUGUGGACUCUGGUCCCGCCUUGUUCUACUUCCUGCAUUUGGAUGCCUUCUCCAAGGGAAAGUUUGGGAUUCACCGCUAUGGUGGAGGAGUGUCGUUGACUGGGCCACUGGACUUUGAGGAGAGGACCUGGUACACAUUCACCAUCCGUGCUUCUGAUUCCCAGCACCAUGGCGAAGCCAACCUGACCAUUCUCGUGGAGGAUGUGAAUGACAACGUACCAACCUUCACCCAGGAUCUGUACCAGGUUACACUACCUGAACACUCCCCGCCAGGCAGCCCCAUUAUUACAGUCACUGCCACAGACAGGGACACUGGGAAGAACGGCAAGGUGACCUACAGAAUCAUAUCCUCCACCAGGGAUGGCUUUGACAUCGACCCUCACAACGGUACGCUGUUUAUAAAUCAGAAGGCAGAGUUCGAUCCAGAGCGGCCAUCAGUCAGUGUGGUGAUCGAGGCACGAGAUGAUGGAGUCCCAGCAUUGUCGUCCCUCACCACCGUCCAGGUGCAGAUGUCUGAUGUCAACGACAAUGCUCCAACUUUCCAUCAGUCUGAAUACAGGGCUACAGUGUCUGAGGACACCCUGCCUGGGGCCACUAUCUUGACCUUGGAGGCAAUGGAUGCCGACUUGUCACGGGACAACUGUGGUUUUGACUUUGCCAUCGCCAGUGGAAAUACAGGCAACGCCUUCCAGAUUGAGAGCAGUGUGCGGUAUGUGGAGGGGCGGGGCUUCCAGACAGUGGGGACCCUCAUCUUAGCUGAACGGCUAGACUUUGAGACCACCUCACGAUACAACCUCACUGUGGUGGUGUCAGACCGUGGCGUUCCCCAGCGCAGCUCCAGUGUUGUGGCGGUGAUCUCAGUCGCCGAUGCCAACGACAACCCACCAGUCUUUGGUCGCGCUGAGUAUAGUGUGGCGCUAAGUGAAGGAGCGGCCGCUGGCACGGAAAUUUUACGCCUGACAGCCACAGACCCAGACUCUACCACGAACACUGAACUCCAGUAUGCCAUCAGCUCUGGAGAUGAGAUGGAGCUCUUCUCUGUCGAUCAGUGGACCGGGGCGCUACGGCUGCGGAGGUCUUUGGACCGUGAACGGCAGUCCUCCCAUGUUGUUAUUGUGCAGGCAUCUGAUGGUCAUGGAUACUUUGCUUUGGUCCCUGUCAUUGUAGAGGUGAAGGACAUCAAUGACAACAGACCUUACUUCCCUAUCCAGACACUCACAGCAAGCAUUCGAGAAAACCAGCCACCAAACUCUUUGGUCACUGUACUGCAUGCCAUUGACUAUGACACAGGUGUGUUUGGCCAAGUGCGAUAUUUCAUGCUGGACAUGUCGGGAGAGGGAAAAGACUCCUUUCUAGUGGAACAAUAUACAGGAGAGGUCCGGGCACGAUCGACUUUUGACUUUGAGAAGCUGAAUGCUUUCAGUUUUGUUGCUUUGGCUGUGGAUGCUGGAAACUUCUCAGCUACUGUCACAGUGCAGGUUUAUGUGACAGGAGAGGAUGAGUAUGAUCCUCUCUUUACUUCUCCAACCUUUUCCUUUGAGGUUCCAGAGGGGGCCAAGAAAGGGCAGAUCAUUGGGCAGGUACAAGCUACUGAUGAAGACAGCGGUGUUGAUGGCAUCAUCCUCUACUCCUUUGCAAGCCAUUCACCCUACUUUGAUGUGAACCGUACCACAGGUGUAAUUUUCCUGAAGAUGGACAGCUCGGGCCACCAUAGUGGGACAGGUCGUUCCAAGAGAGAAACCCGGCUGAUGACUUUGGAUGUGGAAGCCCAUAGUCCUUUGGACAUUUCACGUACAGCCACUGCCCAACUGACGAUUGAUGUCACGCAAACCUCCUUUGGCCUCGCCCCUGAUGUUAACAUUUUGCUGAUCAUAGUAGUUGCCGUAUCACUGGGCGUCAUCAUUAUCCUCAUUGUGAUAGCGGUAGUGCUAUUUCUGGUAAAGACUAAGCGGCGCAAGAAAGGGCAGGGAGCCAACCGUGGGGCUGCUACACCUCAGGGCACAGCCCUACAGAAGUUGGAUGAAACUGCUGGGGGAGAAAGGAUCUACCACCAAACUCUUCCUGGCUAUGCAGGUGAUCAAGGUAAUGCGGCCGGGGGACCUUAUGCUAGAGGUGGGUCCUUGGAUCCCUCCCAUUCCAGUGGGCGGGGUUCUGCUGAAGCUGCCGAAGACGAUGAGAUUCGGAUGAUCAAUGAGUACCCCCGCGUCUCCAGCAUUUCGUCUUCCAUGCAAGAGCAUAUCUCUGCCCGAGGUCCAGACUCUGGGAUCCAGCAGGAUGCCGACCAGCUCUCUGACAUUUCCUGUGAACCAGGGGCCUUGGAUGCUGGACAGUGGUUCAAAGGAAAGAAGCUUGGAAGUCUCAGUGGGACUCUGCUAUCAGGCCAGCACCCCAUCUACAGGGAUGAAGGUGGUGGCUAUCUGGGGGUUGGAAGGGGCUUAAACAUUUCACACCCAAAGGACUAUGCCUUUCCAGAGGAUGGGAAACCCUCUGUGGAUGGUUCUCUCACAGCCAUAGUAGCCAGCGACGAGGAGCUGCGGGGCAGCUACAACUGGGACUACCUGCUCAACUGGUGCCCACAGUUCCAGCCCUUAGCCAAUGUCUUCACAGAGAUUGCCCGACUGAAGGAUGAGACCGCCCCUCCCAAUAACCCACGCCGGCCUUUCCAACCAAAGCCUAAAGCCGACCCAAAGCCAAGAAUCGACCCACCUCCUCUCAUCACCUCUGUGGCCCACCCAGGAGCUAAGUCUGUUCCCCCGAAACCAGCCGUCGGACGGACGUUCCCACAUUUGGCAUCCCUACGGCGGUCACCUAUCAGCCAUGAGGGCUCUAUUUCCUCCGCAGCGAUGUCCCCAAGCUUUUCCCCCUCCCUCUCCCCAUUAGCUGCCCGCUCGCCAGCCGUCUCUCCCUUCGGUGUCACGCAGGGUCCCUCAGCCUCAAUGAUCAGCACAGCGGAACAUUCCUUGGAGCGUGGCGAGGAGGCUGAGCUGAGGAUCUGAUGUGGUCGAAGGAGAGGAUUGUCAGUCAAGGAAGGUCGAGUGUGUGAUGUGAUGAGCUGUGAUGUUCUCACUCGCUCAGAGUGUGGUACAGGCCCCCUUUUUGCCAUGGUGGUGAUGGUCUCUUUCUCAGGACCACCUGCUAUGUGACAAACUCCAUCGCAACUCGGCAUUGAUGUCUGUAGAUACACGUCGUACUGCCUCACUGGCUGGCCAGGAAGCUAAGAUUCCAAGAUUCCCUUUUUAGCUUAAGAGGCUGAACAACCAUUCAGUAUUACUUUGCAGCAAGUGGAUAUGCCUGCUACUGUCACUCUUUGCAUCGAUUUGACGAAUGUCUAGAAGUUUUUGAAAAAAAAUCCAAGAAACAUGAUUUUUAUGCACAUUUAAGUAUGGGGAAUCGAAGGAUGUUAAAAUGUUGCUUUACUAUUUUUAUACAGUCUUUUGUUUUCUGACUAGAAAAUGCCAUUGCCUCGUGUCAGGAGGCUCUCACUGUGUUAUAUCACACGUAUGUAUGCCACUCUAUGUAUGUUUGUAAUAGUGUUGCAUAUUGCCAUUUGAAUUGGAAUGAAAAGACUAUUGACAUCUGUGAUGUGAGUGCCUGGGGAACAUUUUGUGGUUUAUUAUUUAUAUACAUAUAUAUAUUAAAAAGUCCAAGCGCUUGCUAUGUUAGAAGGAAAAGUGCAAAUUAGACUAGAUUGGUUUUUCAGUAUGGUGUUUGUUGUAGUAGUGUUUUACGGGUGGACUUUGCAGGCCUUGCAUAGUGUCUGCUCCACCACUGUCGAGAAAGAAUGGCUGACCUUUUUUUGAAAACUGGGACCUUCCACCUCUUUUGUGGCUCCACCAAAACUCCAGCCUGCCAACACCAACAGCAGGGCCAUAGAUCAGGCGUAUGAGUUGGGCCAAACUCAUUUAUCAGCAGUUCCUUCCACCCCUUUCAUUUGAGAACCUCCAGUCACAGUAGAUAUUUCCUGUUUCCCAGAAGCAGGAAACCUUGCCAUCCACAAAUGUAGGCUGACCAAUGUCAACCACUUCCCUCCUAGCUAACUUCUGGUUGCAAACCUUUAAUAACAAAAGAAAACUCAAAAAGCUUUCAUUGACCAUGCAGGCCAUCUGCAACAGCUUGCUAGAAGGCUCUUAUGGCCUGCUGUUAAUACAAAAGAACGGCUCAGACACCAUUAAUUGUUUCAAGGCUACGUGUUUUUCUUUGAUUGUUAGUUUAGAGCCAGAGCUCUGGUCAUGGCUUAUGUUAUACUUUUGGCUCUUUGAUCUGCAUAGGUCCAGGUGAAGGAAGGUGACAUUUUAAUAAUGGGCAUAAUGUUUGUCAUGGUAUUUAGUACUAAUGGCAGAGGCUCACUUUUAAUAGUAGAGGUGAAGUCCUGAAUAAAGUAACCUUCCUUUGCAUUUCCCCCUGUAUUCUCCCAUGUCCCCCACAUUUUUGAGAGUCAAGAUUAGAUGACAGAUGUUCCAGGGCAAUUCUAAACCUCCUCUCCUCCUUUCAGAGCUGCCACAUUUUGCCACAAACUUAAAUUGUUCUAGAGGACAAAACGUACAAAGCAUUUGUUGUGGCCAUUGAGCUGUAUGUUAAAUAUCUAGGUGCAGUUGUGGAUCAUGUUCUCUAAGGACAGGACAAGCCUCCAGGUGGGACCUAAGUGAUUUUUGAGAUGGCUGCCAGCAUUUAGACAAAGGAAUGGUUGUCGAAGCCUUUGCCCAUGUAUUUAAAGCACAUAAUAAAUUCCUAACAACCCCCCCCCCCUCCUGACACACACACACACAAUUUAUUUCUGAAGUCUUGACUAGGAUCUCAAAUGUUUAGGCUGAACUGUGUUACAGAUGUCUCUUUUAGAAUUGUGAAAGGCAAAUACACCCAUUGUUACAAAAUUAUUAGCAAGGCAGCAGUCUACAGACAUGGCUUGGAGCAGACAAGUGGUUAGGUGACGGCCGAAUCCAGAUGACCCAUGAUCCGGCGUGCAGAGGGAAUUCACAAACACGGCUUUACUCCCAGGGAAGGGGAGCUGUGGAUGGCAGCUAUUACUGGACAAAAACAGCAACAAUGCCUCACAAUGCAAAGCAAGCCAGCACCACCAGAAUGGUCUGUAGGCACAUGGCACAUCUGAACAUCAAAAGAAAUGGACUGGCAGAGGACGGAGGACUCUUCUUCUUUUCUUUCGAAAGCCACAGACCAUACCCGCAUUGUAGAUAUGUAAAUAGUCCCUUCUCACAAAUAACCACUGAGCUGAGCCUUCCUCUGGGGCUGUCGGAUAUUUGACUUAAUUAACAAUCCAAACUGAACAUGGCUCUGAAAGCUUCGAAGAAUGUACAUGUGUUUGACGUGGCUCAGUAAUCAAGAGGCGUUCCUCUCCCAUGUUUCUUCAUGUGGACCACAGACAUGUUUACAUAGCUGUAAUGGAUUUUUGCCUCAAUUGCUGCACCAGGGGAAAAAAUGAGCAAUACUUUUUUUUUUUUUAAAUAUACAAAUUCAGGCAAAUCCAUACAAUGGUGCUUGAAGGUUCUGGAGCAACAAAGGACUCAGAGCAGAAGGACAAAUUUGAUUAACCAGGUUAAUAGAGGACAAAAUAAAUAAUAAAUUGCAAGAACUCAUUAGAUGACUUAUUAUGUUCUUCCUGUUCUAGCUCCAAAAUUUGGAGUACUUGGUCUUCGUUUUGUACAAACAGUAUUGUAAACAUGGACUUUUAAAAAUGAAUUUUGAUGGGUGAACAUCUAAUGAUUCUCAUAAUAUAUCUUCUUCUCGUUGAGGCCCUAAUAUUCGGGUACCAAAACACAGUCUUUGAAACCUUUCUUGUCUCUGUGCAUUUCGACCAAUCAGAUGGUGGUGAUAAAAACCAGUAUGGUUUAGUCAUGCUUUUGCCACUGCUUACGACACGUCAGCGUGGGUACGGGUUGGGUACAGCUCACAUAAUUUACAAUGGAAAAUCAUCACUGCGGUUCGGCUUGGGCACGGCUUGUUUCUUGGUGGCAGUGGAAAAGCACGAUAUCUGUGUUCCCAGGACAGCAGUAUUACAGAGUAUGAGCUAUUUGUCUCUAAUCCAAGGAAUGGUAAGCUCCAUAAAAGCAAUAUUGUUCAUAAUUACAGUAGCUGGUCGAAUUAUAUAAGAUGGAAUUGAAAACGUACUGAGACGUUCUUCUUCUCGGCUGGAAGCUGCCCUUUCUGGUGGUGUACGAGUAUUUGCUACGAUGCGUGCCUUCUUUUCCUAAACCACACGCAACAGUUUUACAUCAUUUAAGGGAGGCUAAACCAGUCAACCCAGGGAUUCUCUUCUUCAUUUUUAAAAAAUAAUAGUGAAUGACAAAAAUAUCAAACUGGGCUUAAAAACCAUUAACGUAAACUUUGUUUUUAGUUUAUAUUACAGUUUCUGUACUUAAAACCUAGUAUCUUAGGAUUGUUAUGGAAUUGCUUAGACUCUUAUGGCAAUGUCUUGUGGUCAUUUGCAAUCCUAUGCAUCAUUUGACAAAUGAAACAGCUCAGUUCUAAGUGUAACAUCACCAACAGCAUUUGCUUGUUGGGUCCUGGAUGCCAGGGCAGUUUGUGGCAGGUUUAUGAUGUUUUUGGGUUUAUACUCUCCCCUCAGCACAAGCUGCAGACUACAGACCAGUAUACCUCUACAGCGAGCUGGUUCCCAGCUGCAUCUGUGUUGGGGUGCGCUUUUUAUAAAACAUAGUUUAGAUGCCUCUCUAAUCUGAAAAUAAAAUUCUCACUCUGUGGUUUUUUCAUUCAAAUUUUUAUUGAAGGUCUUAAUUAGCGCUGAUGUCCCGAGCCGAUACCAAAGAUGGCAAUCAGGGUCAAUCCAGGCAUUUCUUAAAGUGAUCAAUAUCAGCCACCACAAUCCGAUCCAAAGACCACAUUAAUUUCCUGCGUCUGCCUAAUUUACAUUGUAAGGUUCCAUCACACACUGCAGUGAGCCUGAGGCACAUGGUUUGAACUACAAGCUACGGAGAUGUCAGCCACGUGAAAAUUCUUUAAACUGGAAACUCAAAGUAGCCCAACAGCUACCUGCAAUGUUUGCAAUGCAAUCAUUUAGAAAGGAAAUAGCAACAGCGCGACAAAUCUAAUUCGGCCCUUGCAGAAACAUAGUAAUGAGCGACACUACAAAAUCGCAAGGCUCACUCAGACUAAGAAUAUACUGACGCCUACUGUAUGUCUAAGUAUAAUUACUUAUUUAUCAGAUUGGUACUGAAUCAGGAGAUAUAAAUAUUGAAUGGAACCAGUGGAUCAGGAUGUCCCUAUUAAGUAGCAUUUGAUGGGUUUAAGUGUUUACUUCACCAGUGAGGAAGUGCAAAUGUGAUGAAGUCGAUGUGUCUUUGCGGACUCAUACUGUACACCCUCGUGUGAGUCGUGACACUUGCCUGGAGGAAGUCUGGGAUCCCCAGUGAUACUCCAUAUUUAUUUGUCAAUGAUCAAGUAUUGCCCAGGUCUUAUUUUUCAGGUGCUCUUCAAAGGCUGGACAGCCAAUCAAGGUCAUGAAAAUAAACAAAAUGUUUCUGGCAGCAGAGCUUUGGUGAGGGAGCCCAGCGUAAGGUCAGAUUUAUUACUGUCUAAACAUUAGCCAUGGAAGAAAGGUCUGGAAUUUACAUUUCUCCUGUGUUUUUCAAUGAAAGGCCCUUUUUUUCUGACAGUUCUUCAAUGCAUUUUAAUUGUUAACAUGUCAGUAAAAUAAAAAGUUGUUUAUUGGUUUGGAGUGGAGUGCUUAGUGGAAUGUAAUUAGCAGCUUGAUAGGUUGCAUUCCUGCUAAAAAUGUUUAAUUAUAUAAAGACACCCAAAAAAAAAGUAAUUCCUGAAAAAAGCAAAGCCCUAGCCCUCGCACUAAUGACGGUAUAGUACUGCUGAAAUGAAACUUGCUGGCCAAAAAAGCAAUUUCCCAACUUGAGUGCAGUGAGUUCCAGGAGCAAGCGAGAGCUGUAAAAUCGUUUAACGACGUGAGCAUCGCUUUCCGCUUCCCCUUUGAGGCUGCCUUAACAUGGACGGCUGCCUGAUUGUGAUUACCACAGAGGAUUUAUAUCUGAAUAUAUUUUUUGCAUUUCGCUGAAAUGUCGAUAAAUGCCAGAACAGAUUUUCCGCCGCGUUGAGCUUGCGAGGAUUUUGACAGCAGACAGAACUAAACGACUUGGUGACAUGUAACAGUGUUUCGAGGACCUGUAGACUUAAAUAGUUCUGUAGCUGCAAGCAGAAUCACAGUCCACUGAAAAGAUCACACUGAGGAGUCAUACGAGAGAAUUACUACAGCAAAUAUAGGUGGUAGCUACUUAAACACUAAUGACUAAUGAAAUUCUCAAAAGUGAAUCUUGCUAAGCAGCCGGAAAGUAUUCACUAGUAUGAAAAGUAAGCAGUCCUGUAGGAGGUCACAUAGCAAACCAUGUUUAUAAGUGGAAAGCAGAUCCUUGUUUAAAACCACCAUGUCUUUGCUGUGUUAAUUUUUCUUGAGUUACUUUGCUAUGGAAAAUACCUUAAGGUGCAUGUGGCUGUUUUUUUUUUAAAUUUUAAUUUUAAAUAAAAAUAAACUAAUUUGAUUUUAAGUUCAUGCAGAACCCAGGGCUAUAUGAACGACCCAUUGGUGUUUGUUUAAAACUCCAAAUUAAAUAUCACAGAGCUUGCAUUGCCCAUCUUCACUGAUCUUAUAACUACUCCCAACUCACCUCCCCACAUAAGAAAAAAAAAAAGAAACUGCAUUGCUUCCAAUUAAUUGAAUGUAACCAAGCUGACCCAUGAGAAUAACCAAAUGCUACUGUCAUUCUUUGGGGGGCGGAUCUGAGUAAACGGCCAUCCACUUGAAUCGGACAGAUUCCAUAUCUUCUCCAUUACAUGGAGAACACAGCUGGGCGAUUUUGCUUCAUGUACUGUGUAAUGGUCCGAUUCUCUUUAUACCACCGUUCAGCUCGUGCACGCAGUCCACCAGAAUUCCCACGUGGCCUUUGCACCUGUUUCCCUUUAAAGCUGUAUUAUAUAUGAAGGUUUAUCUUUCUGUUUAAACCCUCAGAAAAUGUGCUGUAUCUCACACAGCUGUUCACUAUCUUAUCUCCUCCCAUGGAAAGUGACGGGGGAUAUAAUCGCAGAUUCAGAACAGCCGCGAGCCAGGAGAUGCUUGCUGGAUCCGAUGCAUUAAUGUCCUGUCAAGGUUGUGAAACACCCUCUGUCGGAAUCAAAGGCAGAUGCGAGGAACAGACGUAUAAGAUCAUGAGCAUAGAUGGACAUUAACGGGAAAAGGCAUGCUGGAUUGUAAAUCCUCAACAGGGCCAACAGUUGUUUAUUCAGAAAAUGUGAAGAGCAGCGAAGGGUUUUGUAUUAGCAAAUGGAAGGAAUAUUGUGUUUUUUUGAGGAAAUCCAAACGUGUCGCCGAUUCCUUCCAUACCUCAUGUUCCUAGAAGAUUCUGUCAGACCACCAGUUGCCAGGACUUGAUGUGCGAUGUUCUGUCUGGGAUUCUUGGAGUGACUGUUUUUUGGAGCUAGUGUGGCCUUUUUGUUUUGCAUUAGCUCGCGACCUAUCAGGCUGCGUUAUCCGAAGCAACCAACUCCCGAACAAUGCAGCACGUGUUGCAGCUUGCAUUCACUGCUGUCACAGGCUGCAGUGGCAGAAGGAGCAAACUGCCAGUGUUGGGGUUAGGUUUUGUGGGAUCUUCUCAUACAGAAGUCUGGGUGUCGAAUGUAUUCCUUAUAAGGAUUUCCUGUAUAAGGAACAAGAGUGUGUGGGGUUUGCAGGAAUGAUCUGCCUUCAUAUUAACGGCCAUUGCAAUCCCUCAGCUACAGUACUACUGGUAAAUCACCUGUCCCUGAUGGAAUUUACAAUUCCCAAUAGUCAUUCUAAUGCUAGCACCCAAUUACAUGCCGUUUUAUGAUUUCAGAGCUGGUUUCAAUGUAAUUUGAAUGUAACAUUCUAGGUGAGAAAUCCCUCCUAUGGCCCACCUCAGGUCACCGACGCUGUUAGUGUGGGUCUGUAGCUGGAUCUUCUCCACCCCUAAUAGAGGUGUUUAAUCUGACCUCCAACUGAUGAUGUAAAAUUCAACACGUGUGUUCAGAUUCAUCCCCAUGCUGUCAUUGCAGCCAGCACGAAUUGGGAAUCGAAGAGCUUGGCUACAGCUAGGGGUACGAUGCGAAACAUUUCAUCUGUGAAAGGAGCAAAACCAUUGUCUGAACUCUUGACGAAGUCAUGUCACGUCACUGCUUUGGUUGGCAUUCUCGUAGUGGCAAACAUGGCAGAUGUGAAUACCGACAUCCAACUGAAAUCGCAACCGGAACACCCAAAACGAAAAGUCAUUUACCUUACGAUUGUCUUUUAUUUUCUGCACAGUGCCUUUCUUUGUUUUUAAGACCUUGGAUGGAACAGACAUUUCCGUCCAUCACACACUCCUGGUCACUGUUUUUUGCCGCAAACCUUUGUAUAUUAUUGUAGCUAAGGAAUGAAAAACUUUUAUUUAUUUUAUUUUGUAAAAAAAAAUAAUGAAAUGUUUAUUUGUUCUUGUUCCUCAAUAUAUUCUUGAAGUCACAUGUUCUGACUGAUUUGUACUUUGUAUGUAGCUGUGCGUUUGUAGGCAUACGUUCCACCUUGAGUCUUCUCGAUGUUGUUCUUGAGCACGGAAGUGUUGUUUGCGCCGGUGCCAUCCAUUUGAGAACAGAUGCCUUAAUAAAUGUCCUGGGAAUAUUCGUUACGAA